AUGCCACAUCAUAUCGAUGGUUUGCUUCAAUUAGCUUCUGGUCUCAAAUACCUCCAUUCAAAUAAUUUAGUUCACGGAGACAUCAUACCAGAAAAUGUCCUGAUAGUGGUGGAAUCUGCUAACCAAGAUGAGGUUACCCUCAAAUGGACAAAUUUUGGGCUGAUCAGAAGUAUCAGUGAAGCAAAGCAAAACAGUCCCAUCAGAAGAAAUAGGGCAUGGUUAGCACCCGAGUUGCUUCAAUUGACAAAUCCUAUAGGAAACGUAGAUGAAACCAGUUAUCCAGUAAGCGUCAUGAGCGACGUUUUUGCAUUGGGACUUGUUUUCGGUAGUCUAUUCUUGAACGGCGAACAUCUCUACGGUUCCACCGAAAAUGAAAUUGCCGACAACAUAGUUAAAGGAAAUCCCAUCAACAUGCAAAGUAAUCCCUGA